AUUAUGGACCAUCACCUGAAAGAUGAGACAGCAGCUUCACAAUUUCGAAAAUUGUGGGGAAAGAAAGCAGAACAGGAUAGUCCAAUAUCUACUUUAUCUUCAUUAUGGAAUAAAGGACUUCAAUAUUUUGCAGGCAAAUUAAAUGAAAUCGUUAUACUAUCUUCAAAUAUUCCAAAUUAUAUUUACAAUAAAAGUGAAUAUACGAAUGGAUUUCGAAAUUUAUCAGGUAUUCGAGCUACAAGUUCUGCAUUAAGAUACUCUUCAAUCUUUAUACCUCAACCACUUGUUCCCACAUCUACAAAAAAAUCAUUUUAUGUGGAUCUAAUUGAAAUUGUAAUUCAGUUUGAACUUUCUGCAAGAUGGCCUAAUAACCUUAGGCAUAUAUCUGAUAUGGACAUAUUUACUGAUUCAAAAUUCGCGUUCAGAUGUAGAAUAUAUAACGAACGAGAAAUGACAUUAUUAGAUCGUGGAAUCAAGGAUAAGAAAUUUAGUCAACUCAAAAAAGAUAUAUAUACAAAAGCUUUAGAAAGAGAGAAACGAAUGUUUAUCGAAAUUCCAAUGCAUACUUUACAAAUUCAGACCCUUUGUAAUAAAUGGCCAAAAGAGUGGAUUGAAUGCUUAUCUUCACAAGUUUAUUUAGAACCAUGUCCUUGGAAUAGACUUGGUAAUGGAUUUGUAGGGUUUCUUCGAGUUUUGAAAUUGAUAACUUUUUGGAAUAAUGAAUUAAUGAUUGUGGAUUUAAGUGAAGAAAACAAAAGCUCUUUUAAAAACAAUACAAGUGAAAAUUAA